AUGGAUACCUUCACAUCCGAAGACAAAUGUGAGAGAUUGACUCUUUUAGCUGACUCAAUUCAGAAGAAGCUAAAGGAUCAUAUAUCUCCCAUACCGUCCUCGCCAUCGAGAAGUGAGUUCAUGUCACUUGUGACUGCCUUGCCUGACCUAAUAUAUGGGGUACUCUCACCAAUCACCAAAAAGCCCAUAAGCCAACAUCGAUUCUUGUGGGUUUGUACCCUUGAGGAAGUCACUUUACGAACAAGUGCCAUUUGCAAAUUGUACAACGAAUUACCUUAUCAAUCGAGACCUGACACUGACUCCUCGCACAUUUGCAACGAGUUGAAGUCUGUGAUCAAUAAUCUAUUUUCUUGCGUAAACUCGUUUCUAUCACAAGCUGAUGUGAGCCUGUUUUUGAACGCUGGAAGUGUCUAUGAGAACAGAGUAAGGACGUCCUUUACGGCUCUUUUAUGUGCUGCCUGCGACUUGGUCGAUAAUGCUCAAGAGAUUAUGUAUGACGGCGCAUUUUAUAGGGCGUUAACUAGUUUGUGUGUGAGAGCGGUUGUUGCUGUUCUGAGGAAACAAUAUGAGCAGUGGGAACAGAAGUUGAUGUGUGAGGCAGAUAUGACCAAGUUACUUGUCUCGUUGACUCGUUCAUCGUUUCACUUAGGCACCCCCGAGUUCGUGGAGCCUCUAUUUCAUUCUGCUUCGGGCAAGCCUCCGGUGACAGAGACGUAUCCAUUGGAUUCAGUGGCACACCUUGAAACCAAUCUACCCUUGCUCAUGGAUUUCUACCGCUAUUCUGGAUUCUGUUUGGUCACCUUGGCCGUUUCAGACGACUCACUGUACCGCAUUAGAAGAGAGUACGCUGAGUUGGCUAAUUACUUCCUCGUGACACUACUUUCAUUGCCAAACUUGAGCUUGGAAAACUACCCUUUUGCCAUCGAGGCAACUUCAGCUUUUGGGGCCGCUGCAACAAGGCAUAGAAUUAGCGAAAGAUACUUUCUGUUGCAGGAUAGGGAAGAGGUGUCAUUCUUUUUCGUCCUAAGCUACAUUUUGCGUAUGGAAAAGCUAUCUUCACUUGCUGAUCCGAGUCCUCGGUUUAGGUCCGAGAUUUUUUAUUUUGUCGAUGCCUUCGGCAAGAGGAUCUCUUCCGACCUAGAUAUUCUGGCUUCAAGAAACCAGUCGUACUCAAACUCCACCAUCUCGAUGUUGAGCCUUGAACAAAGGGCCAGAGACUCGAUACGUAAGGCUAAUGCAAACACUUUGAGCGUCAUACUAGUUGAGGGAACUUAUAAAGAGAAACUUCAUUUGGUGAAGAUAUUUUUUGACAACUUGGCUGCAGCGAUCAAGUACCCCAGUCGAACCUCGAUUGCUACAAUUGUUGAAACCUUCAACUUUGAGUCCGUGCCUGAAGGAUGCCCAGUGAUGCAGUCAAUGAAGAAUCAAGACUUCCAUCAUCUUUUGAGUAACGUGGAUAUCCAUACGUAUCCAGGGAAAAAGCUUUACGUUGAGGCGGUUGAGAAGAUUAUCAGGCUAUUGCAGCUAUUAACUGUCUCGCACAUGUACACCACUUUGGGGCUCGACUCCAAUCCCGACUUGCUCAUGACAAAGUUGUUCAAGACCUCGUACACGUUCGCAAGCGUGUCACAAAUCAAACCCAUUUUGAUUUUUGAGAAUGACGGCAAGCUUCGAUCGAUUUCAAAGGUAUCCCUCGAUGAAGAGAGAGAAAUCGCUUCUCAGCUAGACAUGAUUACGGCCACACACGAUUUGGAACAGUUAAUGCGAUGA